AUGGCCGGCUGGAAGGAGACCCUUCUAGCCGGCGAGGUACUUGUACCUUGUCGACUGGAAGGGUGUCCUUCCAGUCCUUGUACCUCGUCGACCGGAAGGGCUUCCUUCCAGCCAGCGAGGUACUUGUACCUCGUCGACUGGAAGGAGACCCUUCCAGCCGUCGAGCGGGUGCGGAUGCGGAUUCGGAUGCUCAGAUGGCCAGAAAAAGCAGCCGGAUAUCCGGAUGCCAAUCGACCAUCUCUAAUUGUAACCGGCAAGCUUCUCCGACCGGAAACCGAUUACAAAGACAAAGAUUCCAAACCGGUGACUCAAGGAUCUCACCGACUGUACUAUGCCGAGGAAUCCGCCUCCGACUGGGAUGUGUUAUUGGAUAUCGCUAGAGCAACUCUCAAGAUGACUCUGUCGGUCGAUCUAGCGAUGAGGUACAAAGAUACGAAGCCAGUCAGUCUCCUUUUUAAAACCAUAUGUGACGCAUAUGAGAAGAACACCCGAGCGCGCCGAAUGAUGCUUCAAGAUGCAUUCUGGACGGCUUGUCAUGACCCAAGCAACCCCAUCGCCACCUGGAUUGCCCGUGUCAGAAACUUGGCUUCGGAUCUAAAGUCGGUUAGGUUAACCCCCGCAGACCAACAGAUAUGCGAUAGGCUCCUCCGCGGUCUAGACAAAUCGUGGAAACCAAUUCGUGAUCAUCUCGUAUACUCGCCGAACGAGAUAUCACUCGACGAUGCAAUUGGAGCGCUUGAGGCGCACGAGGUCUCUAUGCAGGCGCCGUUUGAUCAACCACAAGACACGUUUGCGGCACUGGCAGUCGCGAGGAAGAAGAAACCGGGAUGCUGGAACUGCGGAGAAUUCGGACAUCACUCCUCCUUGUGUCCCAACCUCUCAGUGAAGAAUAAAUCAAAGGCAAAGUUUGGGACUCGCGCCGGGGCGGCGUCCGCGGUAGCUUUAGGAGGGGGCGGCCCUAGCGAUUAA